GAAGACUUGAGAGAGGGAACGAAACUGAGGGUUGGUUGGAAUGGUGGAAGCAGCGGGGCCUCUCCGGCGAAGGGGCGGCACCAUGGAGGAGGUGCAGAUGGAGGAGGCAUUCAUCUUCUCUGAAACAAUCAAGGAUCUCAAGGCUCUGCGGCCGCAACUGUAUUCUGCAGCAGAGUAUUUCGAGCUAGCCUACACACAGGAAGGCGGGAAGCAGGCGGUGAUGACCAACCUCAAGGAGUAUGCUGUGAAGGCCCUCGUCAACACCGUAGAUCACCUAGGGUCCAUAUCCUUCAAAGUCUCCAGCCUUGUCGAUCAAAGGUUCGACGAGGUGGCCGAAGCCAAUCUGCGGGUCUCUUGCAUCCAGCAGAGAGCUCAAGCGAUCCAAGCAUGCGUGAACAGAGAAGGCCUGACGCAGCAAUCCUUGGUGAUCGCCGCUCCAAAGUAUCACAAGAGGUACAUCUUACCAGGAGAUGGCUCAGUUCCCAAUGCCGUGCCCAACUUCAGCGAGAUGAAUAAGGUCAAGAGCAGGACUACACAGAUGCAUCAGGCCUUCCGCGCAGCAGCAUCUGCAGCUCAAACGAAAAGCAAAGACAAGCAAGCUUCAUUUCGCAAGCUCCGGUCGAUUGCCCGAGCACCUUCUCAGAGCGCAUGUUCAUCCUCUCCAGCACAGCAUCCGCGCUUCAUGCCGCCUUCUGAUACUGCAAUACCCACCAAUAGAGAUAAAAGAUCGGAUUCACCAAUUUAUUCGACAACUCCACUCACAAGGUCUGGGUCACUCUCAAAGAAGUCAUCCUUGCUCAAGACAUCAAGUGUUAGGGUGCAGAUGCAGACAGCUUCAGAUCCCAAGAGAUUGGUGCCGCUGCGGUCAUACGCUGAUAGGUACAAUGAUGAUUCCAAGGAAAGCGAGCAGACUCUGAAGAAGAGCAAGAAAUUCCUCAAGUCUCUGCUCAGUAGGCGCAGACGGUGCAAGGUGAGCCCUGGCCCUGGAAAUGACUUGAAUUAUUAUUAUUAUUUGCUCGAGAGCUAGGUGUGCUGGAUGACGUUGUUGGAAACAUGUAUCAGGUACUCUCUUCAAGGUUGUGCAGUUUCAGAUUGGUCAACAAAGCCAUAUGUCUAGCCACCCACUGCAACACUCUUCCCCGCGUUCACAUCUCUAAGGCGCCGAGCUUUGGUGAUUCAGCUGCUGUUCGACUACAGCUAAAAACAUGUCUUCUACAAACGUUCUGAUGGCUAGGGAAGAAGGUCUUGUCUUGGCAAUAUUCCACAGCUAGUAUAUUU